AUGCACUUUCGCUCCGCAGAGCAGCCAAAAGAUACGAAUCAACGCCAAUUGAAAUUGUAUAUCGGAGUAUCAGAGCAUCAGUAUCUGCAUCUGGACCUAGAGUACGAUCUCCGUCGCGGCGGUACAGCCUCCGACAAUGAUGCAGUCGUUUUCAAGUUUACGAACAUUGCUUGCGAGAGCUACAAUAAGUCCUGGGUCGUGUUCGAGAACUGUCGUUUGAAGGCCGUCAGACGGGACAAGGUGCUCCUUAAUUUGAACGCGACUCUACUAAAUCCGGCCCAUGGUGUCACAAUACAUGGGAGAAUUUUGAAACGGGCGAGUGGCUAUAAGCCUUGGCUCGUCGAUGUGACCUUUGACGCCUGUCGGUUCAUGCGAAAGCAAAACGUCCCAGUUGCUAAAUUGAUUUUUGGGCUGUUUGAAGAGUUCACGAACAUUAAUCACUCGUGUCCUUUUGUGGGUCCGCAGGUUAUCAAGGAUUUGUAUUUGAAGCCCGAGCUGUUGCGUCUUCCCUUACCUACCGGAGAUUACAUGCUAGCGCUUCGGUGGUUCUUCGAAAAACGUCAAGUAUCUGAUACGAAUUUCAGUUUUGUGUUCAUAGAGGAUCUCAUGAAGAGCAAAUAA